CAAUCACUUAUAUCAGCGGUGACACCCAUCUCUCCUUCACUUGUCUACAUCGGUGUCGGUAUCGCCAAGCUGCGUACAAUAUGAAUUCUCAAAUGAAUUACCGCCAAUACGGUCAGGCGCAAGGUAGAACGCCGCAGGCUCGACGACCUGUGGCCUAUCCCGGAGGUGCCCCAAAUCCCAUGCACGCAGCCCAACAAGCUGCUCAGCGUGAACAACAAGCCCUUCUCGAAGCCCAGCAAAAAGCGCGAAUCGCAGCGGCCGAUCACCAGAGAGCUCAGCGCAUUGCGCGAAAGCCCACCGAUCUUGACCUCCCUGAUAAUCUCGAGGAUAUUAUCAUCGGCGAGGGCGUGAAGCAGUACGAUGCGCUUCGGGAAGCAGAGAAGCGACUGGAUGCCAUCACGAUGCGAAAGCGGUUGGAGUACCUGGAUAGUGCCAGCAGAAACACCAAACACUUCAAGACUAUGCGCAUCUGGAUCUCUAACACUGUAGAAGAUCAAUUCUGGCAGACCGAAUGGCCUGACGGUGACACUUUUAGGCUCGAAGACCUGAAGACGCCCUCAUAUCGAGUUAGAGUUCAUGGUCAACUGCUUGAAUACAAGGAGGACGAUAUCAGCUACAGAAGUGACGACGAGGACGAAGAUGAUGUCGAAGGAGAGUCAUUAUCACCGAAGAAGCCAAAGACAAAGACUCUAAUCGAAACACCGUCUCGAGCAUUCAGCUGGUUCUGGAAGGACAUGCACGUCGAAUUCGAAGGACAUAGCCACGAAUACACUGCUGAUGAGAAUGUGACGGUGAACUGGAAAAAGACGCCCGACAAUGCGGAUACCGACACUAUGUACUUUAAGCGCAAAGGCGAUCACAACCAAAAUAUCACCAUUUGCCUCACCCGCGACGAGCAACCUGAACGGUUCCGGCUGAGUAAAGCUCUCGCAGACGCCUUGGAUAUGGAAGAAGCAGACCGAGCUGAAGUGGUCAUGGGACUCUGGGAGUACGUGAAAUUCUUCAAUCUUCAGGAAGACGACGAACGUCGGACUAUUCGAUGCGACAGUAACCUCCGCCAAAUUUUCGGCACAGACACCAUUUUCUUCCCACAAGUACCUGAGCGCAUCCUCGCCCAUCUCCACCCUCUACCGCCUAUCAAGCUACCUUAUACGAUCCGUGUCGACGAAGAAUUCCACCAAAACCCCGAACCGACGGUCUACGACGUACAGGUCAUGGUCGAAGACCCACUCCGAGCAUUGAUGAUCAAGAACACGAACAGUCCCGAAAAUAUCGUACGAAACCGUGAAAUUUCCAGAAUCAACGAUGAGAUUGCUGUGCUUGUGCAAGCCAUCCGUCAUUCCAAGGCCCGGUGGAAGUUCUUCACCGCCAUGUCCAAAGAUCCCAUUGACACCACUGAAAAAUGGCUCACUUCACAGAAGCGCGAUCUCAGCGUUGUCCUUGGUGAGCCCGAAAGGGGAGAUGUCGCCGGUCUCGAAUUCAUGAGUGAGGUUUGGGGGAGUGAUCUGGUUCGAGAAGCUGUACGUUACAGACUUGCAAAGAUGGACGUUGGUAGUGGCGGCCGUGUUCCAUAAGCGGCUUACCACAAAUCAAACUGAGGGGAACGUUGUUCGGCGUAUUCUUUGCAAGUUGGUACCAGUCCAACGGUUUCUUGGCUUUUGCAGCAAAUUUUUUCCAGCAAAGUCGAUCGGCGUCAUGGGAGAGCAGGGAAUGAUAGUGUCUAUUGCACUAUGGGACGGGGAUUUUAAAGGGUUCAUAAGCAUGGCGUUUGUUGUGGAGUGUACAGAAGGGGAUAGGCCAUUUAUGAAGAAAACAACAAGGGCCUUCAGAAACCGAAACCUGGGAGCAUCUGAUAUUGGACCAAAGAUACCAGAUAGUCGUGUCAAUUGUAUCAAAAGGAUAAAUCUGACUAUGUGAUGACAUGGUUUGUCUUCUGCAAUCCCGUGCGAUUAUCAUGGUUUAUUGCUAGCUUGCGUGACGCCUCGCCUUUGCCGUAUAUACAUACCCCAUAGAAGGAAUCUGAUAUCCGUUAC